AUGCGGUCCAAGCGAAUUCGCGCAUCUGAUGCCAUCAUUCCCGACAGCGAAAGCUUGAGCUCAAUUUCAUGUGAGCCAUGUAGACAGCGAAAAUGCAAGUGUGACCGGAAACUCCCCUCCUGUGCGCAGUGCUCAAGUGAGCCAUCAAAAUGCAUAUACCCUGAAAGUGGCAAAAGGGGCCUACCUCUCGGAUACUUGAACCAACUAGAACAGAGACUGUCCGAGACCGAGACUGCGCUCUAUAGUGCUCUGGUUACCUUACGCGCGAUGCGACCAACGACCAUGGUGCACGCAUCUGCAAAACCGGGGUCGGUAAACAAACAAAAAGCUGCACGCAUGGACGAAUGGAACCAGCUACCACUCCGAGGAUGGUCGGAUAUGGACCACUGGCUCGCGGGCAUGUCCCAUCAGUUCACCGUGGAGCCACCGCAAACCCCGAAUGCACAUUUCACAGAGCUAUCGGAGGGCGGGUUUGUAAUCCCACAGUUACCGAACCACCUCCACCCAAGUCACGGUAGCAUCCAUAGUCCUGGUGUGAAUAUAGAUGCUAGGGAGGCAUCGACUUCAUAUGCAUGGCCCUCUCAAGAGAAUAUCUCCAUGGGAAGCCCAUAUGAGACCCAUCUCCGCCCACCGGGGAUGGUAUCCUCGCCUCUCUAUUCGCGAGGUCAAGCCACUGGGGGGUCCGACGGGGUGGCGUCGCCGGCUGGAGGGGUACAGGAGUAUACCAACGUCGCCAUUUCGAGUGAAAGCGGAGCAGUAGGACCAGCAAGACCAGGCGAGAGCGCACCAGCGACAAGAGCAGAAGAGCUGUCAAAAAACAGACCUAGCAUAUAUUUUUGA